GGCAGAACUUUCUUUCUCACUUGCCAGGGAGCCAUUCCUUCUGCAGCUGUCUCGCAGACAUGGACAACCUGCGCGAGACUUUCCUCAGCCUCGAGGAUGGCUUGGGCUCCUCUGACAGCCCUGGCCUGCUGUCUUCCUGGGACUGGAAGGACAGGGCACGGCCCUUUGAGCUAAACCAGGCCUCCCCCUCUCAGAGCCUUUCCCCGGCUCCAUCGCUAGAAUCCUAUUCUUCUUCUUCCUGUCCAGCUGUGGCUGGGCUGCCCUGUGAGCAUGGCGGGGCCAGCAGUGGGGGCAGCGAUGGCUGCAGUGUCGGUGGGGCCAGUGGCCUGGUAGAGGUGGACUACAAUAUGUUAGCUUUCCAGCCCACCUACCUCCAGGGCGGUGGUGGCCCCAAGGCCCAGAAGGGCACCAAAGUCAGGAUGUCUGUCCAGCGGAGGCGGAAAGCCAGCGAGAGGGAGAAGCUCAGGAUGAGGACCUUGGCAGAUGCCCUGCACACCCUCCGGAAUUAUCUGCCACCUGUCUACAGCCAGAGAGGCCAGCCUCUCACCAAGAUCCAGACACUCAAGUACACCAUCAAGUACAUCGGGGAACUCACAGACCUCCUCAACCGCGGCAGAGAGCCCAGAGCCCAGAGCGCGUGAGCUCCUUCCGGGGAAACUGACCGGUUCCAGCCUCCUGGGCAGGAGUAGAGGAGCUUUGAAGACCUGGAUAUCCUAUUGAACAAUGAUCGGCGUAGAGUGAUUUUUAUGUAGUAAGCGUGGUAAUCUUGUGAUCUGAAAAACCCUAAGGGAAUUCACAUCUGACCUGUUGGACCCACCAGAACACUUACCUGCCAGAUGAGCAAAGACUUUCACCUCCAGUUUUUUCCAACAUCUCUGGGAGGCUCAUCCUUUUGCAAAGAGAGAUUAUUUUGCCCUUCUCUAUCUGUUCAAGGUAUUUUAAAGGGUCAGUGAUUUUAAAUGCAUUUUUUUAAUAGUGUAAAAGUGUUACAGUUAAUCUCCUGCCAUUUUGGUGUUGAGACCUUUUCUUCUGUUGCUAACGAAACCUGUAUUUUGUAUAGGAUCCGGUGUGAUACCUGGAUUCUUAUUUAGAAAGAUUUGUGCCAAGUAAAGGGCUUUAGUGCUCCUGUUUCAUUUUGUGUGUGUAUGUGUGUGUGUUUGUGUUUGACUGAAAUCAUGCUGUUGCAGGGACCAAAAUCACUUAAAUGCAGAAGGCACUGGUGUCAUGAUAAAUGGAAAGUCACAGGCAGACAGGUUAAGUUAAGACAGUGAAGAUUCCAAAAGCCAGAGCCUCCUCUUCAUAGGCAGACAGCUUAUGUGACAGGGAAGGAGGGUAUGGGAAGG